CAAUACUUUGGCCUAAAAACGAAAACAUCGGGCUAACUAACAUUCACAACUGCUAAUAUUGCAAACACAGUUGAAUGUUUAAAUUCACUCUAGUUGUCAGGUCAAAUGCAAAAGUGUAUAACUUUAAAGUUCCCCUUGACAUAUUGAUUAGUAUUUUGUGUGUUUUCCGUUAUUUAAUUUAACUGACAAAUGUGUGUGCAUAAAUGGCCAGAAUUUCAUAUCAAAUACAAUACAAAUAGACACCUCAACGGGCAAACGAUGUUUACAUGUAUUUGUGUAGUAGCAAAGCUUAGUGUUUGUUCCGCCUUGGGUUGUGCGCAAUAGUUGGUCGGUCGUGAAUCGUCGCAAGUACAGUUUUUGCAUGCAGCUGUAGAGAAUGAACACGAGCCAAACAAAACAAAGUGAAGAAAUGAAUAGUUAAGUAAUUUUGCGAAAAGAUGUAACUCAAAGAUAUCGAAAACAUCGUAAAAUCAACUUGUAAAUCAUAUCGGGUUUCCGGAGGUUAAAAUAAGAAAGUCCAAUAAAAUUGAAGACAAAAAAAACGGAAAGUAUAUAAUAAAAUGUUCUCGUUUCACAAACCACGAGUUUAUCGCUCGGCUGAAGGAUGUUGCAUUUGUCGUGCAAAGUCGAGUAGUUCACGUUUUACUGACUCACGUAAAUACGAACAGGACUCAAUGAAAUGUUUCAACUUGAAAUAUCCUCGUCAUGGAGAAAUUUGCAAUGCAUGUGUUUUGCUGGUGAAACGUUUUAAACGGCUUCCUGGUGGCAGCACCCGACAUUGGGGACAUGUGGUUGACGCUCGUGCGGGACCCGGAACGAAAUCCAUUUCAAAACACAAAAAAAGUCGAGACGAUUCGGAAACUACAGCGCAUAGUGCUUCAAGUAAUAAUACAAAUUCUCGACGAGCACCCAAUUCAAAGUCCCUCAUUCCCGAAAAAUUUUCCAAAAUAUUUAAAAAGAGUAAAAAAAACAAAUUAGGCGCCGGUGCCUGCUCCGAAAGGAAAGCUGAUGAAUGUAGACGAUCUUCUGUCUCUGAGUUAAAAACAUGGAAGGACCCACAUUUGUUUUCUUCAACACUUGAUUCAAUGGAUAGCGACUAUGAAGAUAUCGGCGAAGGCGGAGAUGUUUACGAUUCGAAACGAGGAAAUGUAAACGUAAAUAAUUCAACAGUGCAAUUUCAAACACAAACUCGUGCAUCUGCAAACCGUGCCUCCCGAAGGGCCAAUAAUAUUAGUAAUGUUUCCAAUAAUCACUGUAAGAGUCCACUAAAAACAGGAAGCCAACGACGUAAAUGUAUGCCUCCUAUUCGAAAUCGGUCCACAUUAAAACUUGUCAAUGAUAAAACACAAUUCUUUGAUGAGACGGAAUGGCAAGAACGUAAGACUUGCUGUGGCAUGAUGUAUGUGUGCCCAUCGUUAGCUGGAGCAAUACUACUCGAUAUUGAAAAAUUUGAAGUCUGCUCAGAACAUAAACGCUCGCAAAUUUUGCAUACUGAGACCAAGUCAUCGACCAAUGAGGAGCUGUCAUCUACUUUGCAAAAGACAAUCAUCGCUACAAUGCCAGCCGUAGUUCAAUUAUCUGCGCCAUCGGUGGCUAGCGUUUGUCCACCUCCAUUGCCCAAUCCAGUGAAUGCAAUGAAAACCAAUCAUACACCAGUAUUGAAGAAGCAUCAUUUGUUCUUCAAACGACAGUCGGAAAGUUUUCCUCAAGUGGAUCUCGCUGUUAAUAAUAAUAUUAUAAAUUCCUCAAAUAAGACUGAAUCUCUGGCAGUAUCAACAAACACUCCCGUUAUAAUUAAAAGCAGCACAAACAUUGCAAAUCACAGUGGCUCAACACCGCAUUCAUCAGCAAUAUCGAUUGGAAGCAACUCAAAUAUUGUUUCCACACCAUUACCCCUUGCAAUAAAUACCACAAAUGUAUCUGCCAUAUCGAGCAUUUCUCCUUCCAAUGCAGCAUCUGUGAGUGCGCAAAUGCCACGGCAUUCAACUGCCAAGGUUACUACAAUUUCCCCACCCUUACCAACAACAAAUAUAAUCGGGGGCAAUAGGCUUUUACAUAAAAUAAAGGCGGGAAAAAUUUUCAAGCAUUCUUUGGAAAAAAUUGGUGUCACGUCCACAGCCUCACCAGUCUUGUCAGCGACUGUGGAGCGUAUUAAGGCUGGCGAUUUCCAGGAUAUAAAACCAGUAAUGCGAAACGUGACAAAAUCAUAUGUGGUCUCAAAGCCAAUAACUGGCGGGUCCAAUCAGCAGAGUACACAAUACUAUCCCGUCGGUUCCUCACCAACAUCCACAUGCUCCAACUCUUCGGCUGCUUCUUCCUCAUCAUCCUCGACUGCACCAAAGUUUAGUGACAAUUCCUCAGAUUCUGGAUUCGACGAAAAUCUGCAGGAUAGAAAAUCGGCAAGUCCUCUGCAGGAGGACACAGAGAAAAAACUGGCAGCUCGUGCAGCAAUAGGUAAUGUGCAUACGAUGUUUUUGGCAAGUGGCGUCCAGAUACAUGGUCAACCUCAAAAUUUAAUGCUUACUGGUAAUGAGGUAGCUGCAAAAUUAUUGCAGAAUCGCAAACAACAUUUGGCUAUGAUGGCAAAUUCCAGUGCUGGGGCUGUGCAGCAACAAUUUCAACAACAACAACAAUCAGCAACUAAUGUGUCGCGUAUUGGUUCGGCUGCACCAUCCUUAAAAAUAUCUCCAGUCACCCCCGCUACAAUAUCUACCAUAUCAGUAGGAAAUUCGGUUGCUAAUAAUUCUCACAGCAAGGUAACAUCAGCGACAUUAACUACAUCUCGUGCAAUCUACAAUAACAAUACCAUACAACAUGAAAACGGUGUGACAACAAUCGUGCCGGCAUCCUCGUUAGCUGCAUCCACACAAACCGCAGCUAUGAAUGCACUAGCUCCUAGUACCGUAACAAUAACACCUGCACCAACGCAUCAAUUAGGAAAUACAGCAUCUAGUACGUCGUUGGGUUUAACAAAAAAACUGACAACAAGUGGGGUUGGAGUAAAUUUAAUAGCAACUGGUGGCAGCAAUCAAAGCAAUAUUCUACACACAGUAACGAACGCUGCUUCACAUUUAAUCAAUCAUGGCAAUAGCACACUGUUGCACCAACAAGCACACCAUCUACAACAGCAGCAACCACUUCAACAUCACAACACGGCGAACAAUUUGAAUCAGAAGAUUAUUCUACUGAAGACAUCUGGCCCAACGAAGUAUAAUAAUUUGGCGAAUAUCGGCAGCAGUAGUCUUAAUAGCGUUAAGCUGCCAAACGGCGCAACACCAAUAGCCGCAUCGCCCGUGAACACCGCCGGAGUUUGCAAGAAUUGACAAAGCGGCAGUCGACAGAAAUUCAUGCGCUAGUGCUUUACUCAGUUCCCACUUCUUCAUUUAUAAACAGUUCAUGUGGGAUAGAAAUAUUGAGUUGCAAUGAUUGCUUUUAUAUAUCUUGCGUCCUAUUUGUGUUCUUUGAACACGUAACUUUACUGUUUAAUUGCUUCGUCACGUUGGUGCUGAGCAAUUUCAAGUUGCCAUUUGUGUAGCACAUAGAAAAUACUCGUAAAAAAACUAUAUUUUUAAAGGGAUUUAAAACCCCUAAAUAAUUGGAGAAAUAAUCUGGUUCCAAAUUUGAUUUUUAUAAUUGCAGCGAUAACUUCACCAGCAUUGAGAGGUUAUAUAUAUAUUUUUAGAUUUUUAUUUUAUGCACAUAUUGCCAUUUCAAACCAUUCUUAGUUUUAUUCAUACCGAUUUUUACUUACUUAAUUAUAAAUACACAAUUUCAUUACAAAAUGCGCACACCCAUACAGGUGCACCCCUUUACACUUAAAAGAGUUUAUAAACAUAUGAAAUAUAUUAAGUGAAGUUUACGGUGAUCAUAUUUAAAAAAGAUUAAAUACGCCUACGGCGAUGUUUAUUGUAUUUUGUAAAUUUGUAUUCUUUUUUUUGUAUAUAUUUAAUAUACAAAGUAGUAUAUAAUGUGUGAGCUAUUUUAAAGAAUUUCUAAUUAAUUUAAAUUUUGUUAAAAUUUUUGAUUUAUCUGUACAUAUAUGUAUGCAAGUAGUUUCUUAUUUAUAAAUGAUAUCUACUCGUAAAAUUAACUUUAAGUAUUGAAUAAAAUUGGAGAAGCAACACCAAAAGUUCUUACCAUAAAAUCGUUUUACUGUUCUAAACGGGAAAUUCUUUAUAUAUAUAUACAUACAUAUAAAUAAUAUUUACUAAAUUAUUGAAUAAGAAAUCAUUUAAAUAUAAUAAACAAAAACACAUACAUAUAUGCUUAAAAAAUAUGUAAAAAUUGCAUUUCAUCAAUUUCGGAUAGAUCAGUUAUCCAUAGCAGCAAAUUAGUUAAAUAGUAUCUAUAAUAAACAUAGCGGUAGAAUUUGCAAAAUACUUCGAAAGAAACUUAAAUGCAAGGCAAUGAACGUUCAAUCAAACUCGAGCGUCCGAGUGUAUACACAAGAUAAAUCAUAAAAAAUACUAUAAUUCUAUAUUGUAGACGCGCUUGUAUAGCGUUCCGUAGCCUUUGGAGCACCCAUAAUUGGUAUUUAAUCAAUAAUUGUUGGACUAUGACAGAUAAGAAAACUAAGCGUAAAAAUAAGCAAUGAUUUUCUAAAUAAAGAUAAAUGAAUAAUAAAAAUGCUGAAUGAAAUAGUUGAAUUAUAUAUAUCUUAAAUUCGUACAAACGUAUGUAGAUCUUAGUUCAAUUGCCAAAAAGUGAAAAUUCAUUUCUUUUUAUUAGAAGUGAAUAACCGCGGUGCACACAAGUCGAAUGCACUUCCUAAAACCGGGAGAAGAUAUUGGAUUCAUAAAAUUGGAAAUUUAAAAACCCAUGUGGUAUGCAUAUGUGUGUAUGUAUGUAUGAACACAUCAUGCAUAUAUUGCAUAUUUUUAAAUGCCUUCCUCAACGUUGUUUUCAAGUUAUGCUGUUUGUUUUGCGAACCUGAAACCAUACAGAGAAUAGAGUAAAUUGUAGAGUGCUAUGUACUUGAAGAUCGCGCAGUUUUAGCCAUAGAAAAUCUAAUUCUAAAGUCUUCAUGAAUCAAAUAAGGAGAAUUUUAACGAUAAUCAAGCGUAGAUAUCUACAAGUAUUCUUCUAAAUAUAUCACAUGAACCUAAAGAAAGGUAGAAAGGUGGAUAUUUUAUAAAUUAAUAUGCUACAAAGCUAUAUUAUUAUCGAAUUGGAAAUGCGAAAUAACAAAUACAAAUAUCCAUACAUAUAUAUAUGUAUGUAUAUUUAUAUAUAUAUAUACAUACAUACACAUCCUGUAUAACCAAUAAAACACAAUAAAGUAGCGGAAUUCAA